AUGGAUUUUUAUGCGUCCUUGGAUCCCAGUCAGUUGGAUCAGCAAAAGCCAACAAUAUUUGAAGUAGCUUCGUGUUCCCAGGUAGACAAUCUUUUAACGCCAUCAUUGAGAUUUCUUCUUGUCCAUUAUACUCAUCGUUAUCCUCGAUUGUUAAUUCGGGUGCUUAAUAACUUUGAUGGAUUAAAUGCUUUACUGAGAGGAUUUAUUGAAUACAAGUAUUUACAGAAAUGGAAUGCUACGUUUGUUGAGAAAUUUUAUGGUAUCAAACGAGUUACCUCCAGUCUUUUGGUAACCGACUCUUCUAUUUCUGAAUCGGAGAAAUUGGCCAAUCUUAAAAGGUUAUCGAAACUUCAGAUUUUAGCGUCUUUAUUCGAAUCCGUCAUAGCUCCUUACCUUUCAACUAAACUACAGCUUUAUCAUGAAAAACUUGUUCCCCAAUACUUAUUGAACAAUGUACGAAUUAAUGAGGUUGAGGGGAAACCAGAGGAGACAAAAACAGCACCCUUCACUUUUUUAGUGGCUAUCAAUAAAUUGAAGAGGGGUUUCAGAGACUUAUUUUACAAAAUUUAUCCACUAACUAGGUUGGGUGUUCGAUUAGCAACACUGGCCAUUUAUAUUCUCUACUUAACGAACAAAACAUCAUCCAUUUCAAUUGUACAGCUUUUGUUCAAGAUUUCUUAUUCACGAAUAACCAAGAGUGAUCAUGAAAGGGCCGAGAAAUCAAUGUCACUUGAAACAGUGCCCCAGAUCCAGAAGCAAAAUGUUCCUCCAACUCUCUCUUCAACUGUACAUUCAAAACUCCUAAACUUGGCCCAACCAUUACGUAAGUUUGCCUGGUCUACAACAGAUACUAUCUUGCCUAUGUCCAUUUUCCUUUUAAAGUUUCUAGAGUGGUAUAAUUCAAAUCAGAGUAAGUUGAGGGAGGAGCAUAGUGAGACGUUUAUUCCAGAUGUUCCCACAAUUGUCCCUGCAGAUACUUUGAAUGAUGAGACUAUACGAGAAAAAGUCAGUAGUGCUGAUGAUGGAGUUUGUAGAAUUUGCCUUGAACCGAUUCAUAAUCCGGGAUUCAUCGAAACAGGUUACGUGUUUUGCUACAAAUGUAUAUAUGAGUAUCUUAGAGAUCAGUCAAAAGAAGAUGGCGGUAAAUGUCCUGUUACUGGAAGGAGACUUUUAGGUUGCACCUGGAAUGAACCUAAGAAAGAAUGGACAGUAAGAGGGGUGAGAAGGUUAAUUGUUUAG